AUGAACGUAGACUAUGAAAAUAUCCAGAUUCCACAUGGACGACCUACUCGGGCAGUCACUAUUACAGAGUUCUUCGAUGACCAAAAUCGGACAACAGCACCUUCCAAUGAGAACGACGGCUAUGUGGACAUGAAUAGCUUUGCAGGAAUAGAAAACAAACCCGCCACUCAAGAGCAAGACCCUGAAAGUGCCUACACUGAGUCAUUCCCUGUUUGUCCUGUGUCUGGCACUGUGUCCAAUGAGGAAGACCAUGGACGCACAUCUGAGGAAGAGGAUGGUUGUGGAGACCACUGCCAUGAACGACAGAUUGAUGGUCGAUCCAGAGCCUACUAUGUUGCCAAAGACCUGAUGGACUCAGAAAGAGAACAUGUGAAGGCUCUGAAGAUUCUUCAGGAGGAUUUCAGGGUGGCAGUGGAGUCAGCAGGAGAUGACGAGGAACUUCUGUUAGAAAAUGGGAAGUUGGACGAGAUCCUGAGCACUCUUCCUCAGGCCUACCACCUGCACAAUGAGAUCCUCAGUGAGCUGGAGACCCGCAUUAAACAUUGGGAGGACAGUCAGAGAGUGGUUGAUGUCAUAUUAAUGCGCCGGGCUGAGUUUUCUUCCUUCGCGACCUACAUCUCAGACUAUGACCGCAGCAUGUCACUGCUGGAGGAGAGCUGCAGACAGAGUAAAGCUUUCGGGGAUCUGGUAAAACGGUUUGAGACACAGAAUGCAGAAGGAGUUCAUGUUCCUCUGAAACACCAGCUGCUGCGGGUCAUUGUGCGAGUGCUUCAGUACCGCAUGAUCCUCACAGACUACUUAAACAACCUCUCUCCGGAUUCGAAAGAGUAUGAAGACACACAAGCUGCGCUAGUAAUCGUGUCAGAGGUCGCAGACCAGGUUAAUGACAAUCUAAAGCACGGGGAGAACCUGCUUCGUUUGGUCCACAUCGACUACAGCGUGAGAGGAAAAAGAGACCUUCUCCAACCAGGAAGGGUUUUUGUCAAGGAGGGCACUCUGAUGAAGGUUUCUCGGAAAAGCAGGCAACCCAGACACCUCUUCAUGAUGAAUGAUGUGAUGCUGUACACCUACCCUCAGCAGGAUGGUAAAUACAGGCUGAAGAACACACUGACUCUAAGUGGAAUGAAGGUCAGUAAACCUGUCAUAGACAAUGUGCUCAACACGCUCAGGAUAGAAGUCAGCGAUGUUUCCAUCACCCUCUCAGCAAGUUCUUUAGCUGAGAGAGAGGACUGGUUCCACACGCUGAGCCGAGCUAUAGCGGAUCACGCCGCAGGCCUCAAUACCUUCAGCUGCUCUAGUGAGGCGAGAGAGAAAUUAUGGAUGUCUCUGGGAGAGGCUGCUCCUGUUCUAGUUCCUGUGUCACAUGUGAUGAUGUGCAUGAACUGCACGUCGGACUUCAGCCUAACACUGCGACGGCAUCACUGCAAUGCAUGUGGAAAGGUUGUGUGUCGCUCCUGCUCAAGGAACAGGUAUCCACUAAAGUACCUGAAGGACAGGAUGGCUAAAGUCUGUGACCACUGCUACGCCGAGCUCAUAAAGAGAGGUGGUAAUAUUCCAGGAUCAUGUGGGAGUGCCAGUCCCUGCACACACAGGGCCAGCAGGCCUCUCUCUGCUGUGUUCCAGAGCCUACAGCCACCCAGCUUGUGGAGGAACAGAAAGAGCACUUCACCUCUCACACAGGUAUCUGUGGGUGCAGAGGGGUCCACUAUGAGUGGCAGUCUGCAAAGACGCAAAAAGAGCACAAGGAAGUGGAAGAGGCUGUGGUUUCUGCUCAAAGACAAGGUGCUCUACACCUUUAAAGCACGAGAGGAUAAAGUGGCAUCUGAAAGUCUUCCUCUGCAGGGUUUUACUGUGAAGAAGCUCUCGGAUCGAUCAGAGGGGGAAGACAAAGACAACGUUUUCCAGCUGUACCAUAAAAAAACACUGUAUUACACCUUCAGAGCAGACGACCAGCAUACUGCAAGCAGGUGGGUAAACGCAAUGGAAGAGGCCACAGUGUUAUAGUAUCCUGCUAUCUGCCCAGCUGACAACAGGACUCUGGGCAGGAUUCCCCAGACAGCUAAACCCAUUAUGGGCUUAAGCCUAUGACAUCAGAGUCACCUGUGCCUGAGAAACCAGCGGAAUCACACCAUAAAUACCUUCGAUUUUAUCUUGAUCUUCUUUUUGGCCACUGAAAUUAAAGACAGAGUCACACAAGGCAUGUCCCACUCGGUGUUUGUGCUGUCCCAGUACGAGUGCUAUGCCUCACCUACUUCACAGACUCAUUAAAAAAGUGCCAUAUGUAAACAGUGCAGUUGAGUGAAGCUCAGGUGUUGUGAAUGAUUGUUCUGAAACUACUCAUCUGUGUCAAAUAACGGAGAAUGUUCAUUUUUUAGAAACCGUAACUACCUUUCUAUAUGCAGGUGUAAUUCAGUGCUGUCAUUUUAUAUACUGAUGUAAAGUUAAAAAUAAAUUAAGUCAUUUAUUAUAGUUUGGAUGACUAUGAUAAGCCAAUACAGGCUUGUUAUAGACAAUAUAGUGUUCAUUUCAUUUAACAGCUAAAUGUUUAGCAUGGCGUAUCCUACCACCUCAGAUAUAAAAAGUCCAUGUUUUAUAGACAAAUGACAG